AUGCUUGGGCGCAGCAUUGGUCGUGGGAGGAGCGCAAGCCUUCGCCCUGGAGGAACGGCGACGGCUAGGAUGGGCCUCAAAUUCGACUAUGAAUCACUAGCUCAGCAACGGAUACAGCGUCUAUUUAGCCAUCAUCAUGGUCUUCACCUCGUCCUCUCCCGCUACAUAUCCUCCGACCCUCUGCCCCGCAAGGGCUCACGAGCCCUCCGGAUCGCCUACCGCUUGGCUGCCCUCCUCGGUAGUGCCGUCGUUGUCCUUGGCAUCGGCAUCGUAGGCUUCUUCAUCUACGACGCCUCGACCUACGCAACCGAGCACGCUAACCAGCGCGAGGUCGACGUCGCGGCCCUCGCUCUAAACCCGCGCCACGGCGGACCUAAGAACUUGCCUAUCCUUGAGGUCUGCCUCGACGACAACGACAGCGAGUCCAUGCGGCGACAAAAAGAGAAGCCGCGGCUCGUGAUCUUGGGCGGGGGCUGGGGGGCUGUCUCGCUGCUCAAGGAGCUGGAACCCGAGAAUUACCAUGUCACGGUCAUCUCGCCGAAGAACUAUUUCCUGUUUACGCCGAUGCUACCGUCUGCGACCGUCGGCACGCUCGGCUUGCGCGCGUUAGUGGAGCCCAUUCGGCGGAUUAUUCAUGCGGUCGGGGGGCACUAUGUGCGGGCGCAGGCUGAGAACGUGGAUUUCCAGUCGCGGUUGGUUGAGGUGUCGCAAACGGAUUGUAAUGGGAACGAGCAGAGGUUUUAUGUGCCGUAUGAUAAGUUGGUGAUUGCGGUUGGGUCAGUGACGAAUCCGCAUGGAGUGAAGGGGCUGGAGCAUUGCCACUUCUUGAAGGAUAUCAACGAUGCGAGGGAGAUCCGUAACAAGGUCAUUCAAAACCUGGAGCUGGCCUGCCUGCCAACGACUAGCGACGAUGAGCGGCGCAGGCUGCUGUCGUUCGUUGUCUGUGGUGGUGGUCCGACAGGCGUCGAGUUCGCCGCCGAGCUGUUCGACAUGCUCAACGAGGACCUGAUUCAACUCUUUCCCAAGCUCCUACGCAAUGAAAUCUCGGUACACCUUAUCCAGAGCCGUGACCACAUCCUCAACACAUACGAUGAGACCCUCUCCAAAUACGCCGAAGACCGCUUCGCCCGCGAUCAAGUCGACGUGCUAGUCAACUCUCGCGUGCGGGAAGUUCACCCAGACUCCAUCAUCUUCACCCAAAAGCAGGACGACGGUACCAUCGUCACAAAACAACUCCCCAUGGGCUUCUGCCUCUGGUCGACAGGCGUCUCCCAAACCCCCUUCUGCAAGCGCCUAGCCGCCAAACUCGGCUCCGCACAAACCAACCGCCACGCCCUCGAAACGGACACUCACCUCCGGCUGAACGGCACGCCCCUCGGCGAAGUCUAUGCCAUCGGCGACUGCGCUACAGUUCAAAACAACGUAGCCGACCACAUCGUGAGCUUCGUCAAGCGUAGCCUAACAUGGAAGCACGGUGCCUCGGCCGUGGACACCGACCCCUCAAAACUGCACCUCCGCUUCAACGACUGGCGUGCCAUCGCUGAGCAAGUGCGCAAACGGUUUCCCCAGGCUACAGAUCACCUCAAGCGACUGGACAAGCUGUUUGCCGAGUACGACAGGGACAAGUCAGGGACGCUAGAUUUUGCCGAGCUGAGGGAGCUGUUGGUGCAGAUUGAUAGUAAGUUGACGAGUUUGCCGGCGACUGCGCAGCGUGCACAUCAGCAGGGACAGUACCUGGCGAAGAAGUUUAAUGCUCUGGCGAGGGCGGUGAAUUCGGGGCGGUUGAUCAGGGAGCUCGCCAAGGCGGAGGAGACGCCGGAUGUGGAUGCCGCAGUGUAUAAAGCGUUUGAUUAUAAGCAUUUGGGGAGCCUGGCGUAUAUUGGGAAUUCGGCAAUUUUGGACCUAGGACAUGGGCGGGGGUUUGCAGGAGGGUUGUGGGCGAUGUAUGCGUGGAGGAGUAUCUAUUUUGCGCAGAGCGUCAGCUUUAGGACGAGAGUGUUGAUGGCGAUGGACUGGGCGAAGAGGGGGUUGUUUGGGAGAGAUUUGAUGAGCUAUUAA